AAGACACAUGUUGACACGCAUUGUUUUGUAUGAUUCUAUGGGCAGAGUAAGAUUUUGGGGGGCCGAGAUAGCAUCCAUCGCCGUCUUUCAUUUCUUCUACCAAGGGCUCUUUGGAAGCCAUUUUGUAAGCUAUAUCUCUUUAACCAUUCCGCAGUAUUUAAUUUUACGGUCGGGGUCAGUUUGAUGAUACGGAAUGGAUUGAGCUCGGCCGCAAGAUUCUUCCUGCGUUAUUUUAAGAUGCGCGUUUGGGUAAGGUUAUCGUGUGCAGUUGGAAAUGUAUUCAACGAUUUCUACCGACAGCUCCUCCAGUCAUUUGAGCUUUUAUUCUUCAUGAAAGUUGUUGAACUUUCAGCCUCAGAAGCAGGACUGAUUAUACUUAUUGGAGAAAUUGCAGACGCAUUAUUCUCUCCAAUUACUGGGUAUCUUGGUGAUCUAGUAAACUUACCGUUUCUUUCAAAGAGGAUUGGCAGGCGAAAAUCUUGGCAUCUUUUGGCAACAGUCUUCAUGGCCGUCGCACUUCCUCUUUUGUUCAAUCGGUGCUUUCUUUGUGCUGACAACCAUCAAAGCUGGCUUCCCCUCUUUUACUUCGGAUUCUUCUCGGCGUUGGUAAACAUAUGUUUCAACAUGGUAGAGAUAAAUCACAUGGCUUUCCUCACAGCUGUUGCCGAGUCGGUAGAAGAGUUCACAAUUCUUGGCGCACUUAGGACUGUAUUUCGCUUCCUGAGUGGUAUUUACAUAUACGCCAUCGCCUGGAGCCUUCUGGGACAAGACAAUGCAGCUGCUCUUGGACCUGACAGCCUGUCAGAUUUUGCGUAUCUCUCGUGGAUUGCUACUGGAACUGGAGUCCUCUUUGUAACCGUCUUUCUCAUUGGCAGCACAAAGGAGCAUCAGAAACGUUUGAGAAGAAGGAGCAGAUUAUCGGGUAUUUUGAACACUCCUGGGAUAUUUGUAACAACACCUUUGGGAAGUGAGAACGCAGGUUCUCUCCAAGACAGCCUUGCUCAUAGAUUUGUGGACAUGAUCAUGGCAUCGUCUCAGUUGGAAAAUUAUAAGCAAGAGAUGAACGAUUGGGAAGAAAGCCAAAGUCGAGAGCUGCAUAAUAGAAAAAAAAGUGUAUUGCAGAAGUUUGUCGCUGCUAUAUUUUCUGAAGGGGAUAACUACAUUGUUCAUGCUCGAUAUAAACCCGUCUUCGAGGAAGAAACGAAGGACCCAGAAAGAGAGGAUACAAAAAAACGUAUGGUCUUAGAAGUACAACAAUUAGAUCGUGAACGUAAGAAAAGUUUGAUGAUGCGGGUUUUCGACGGACUUCUGUCAAGACUAGGACAUGAGGAGGAGGAGCAACCUAAACUCACUGUCGGCAUUGAACACCAAGUUUCAGCAGACAAUGAGCAUGAAAGGUAUCUAGCCGAUAAAGAGUACUGCAGACAUGAAGAGAACGAAACCUUUCGUGAAGAGGAUACAUGGAAAAUGCUCAACAACAAUAAAGCUGUCGACGAAGAGGCGGGAGAUGGUGUAGAAGAAAAGUUCCCGGGCACCCUAGAAACAUCCAUUUUGUCCAAACGUAAGCAAAGAAAACAUGCUAUCGUGAUGACUUCAGUUAAUGGUCGUAAUAGCGUAUUAAACUUGGGAUCUGAAUAUGAUACAAGUGAUGAUUCGGAAAAAGAAAACUUUAUUCGCACUACCGUUAAAAACCAGAAGAAGUCUGUGACUUUUGAUGAGCCAGGACUUUCCGAUAUUCCUUCCAUGGAUGAGGGGACACAGAAGAAAUUAAGUCUUGAGGACUUGCCUAAAGACGGAACGAUCCUCAGUGAAAGUGCUCAGAGCUAUUUGGCACAAGAUUGCGCCGAAGAUAACACAAGAGAAUCGGCAGUUUUAGAUGAUAAUCCUGCUCCACAUAGUUUUCCUGUUCUUUCGGAAAUUCUUCCAACUGAGAGAAAACGUCCAAAAAGAAUCAAAGAUUGGCUGAGAGAUCCAAACCUGUAUAGGGUAGCCAUUAUAUUCACAAGUUCACGCCUUGCGCAGAACGCUGUAUACAAUUACUUACCGUUGUUCCUUACAGAGAGGCUGCUAUUUGCAAAGGAAGCCAUCGCCUAUUUCCCACUUAUUCUCCUGAUCAGCGCCACUUUCUCAAGUUUAUUCUGCAACAGCCUGAACAGGAAGAUUGGAAGUAAGUGGAGUUAUCUUUUGGCGGGUUCCCUGGUGAUGGGCUGUUCUGUUUGGAGCUAUUUUCAGACUGUCUCCACCAAGCAAUCAGCUUAUGCAGUGAUGGUUACAAUGGGAAGUGGUCUUUCCGUUAUGGACGUCAUGGCACUUGUCUUCAUUACAGAGGUGAUUGGAGAAAAUAAGGAAACCAGUGGAUCAGUUUUUGCCAUUAUAACUGUAAUUGCGAGACUUUCAGGCGGUACAUUUAUCAUUGGCAUACAGGAAUUUUACCCAAGAGAAAGAAUCAGCUCAAAUGAGGCGGUUGGCAACUACGUGCGACAUGUGUUUGCACUGGCGCCUGGAAUAUUGACUCUCAUUGGAUCCCUACUGGUUUUGCUUUUCCAACCGUCAAGAGCUCACAGCAAAAGUAAAGGCUUCCAGGAUGCCGAGGCUCAAGCUGACCAAUCAUCGUUGGAUAUUCAAGUUCCUCAGCUUCCACGUCAAAGUGAAGCAAUUCCAGACGUCCGCCACGAUGAAAAUCAAACAUCUUUCAUCGCUACUGUGCAUUCUUAUCCCGAAGACACAAAACUGUAAUUUCUUUUGUUCUAUUGCGUAUUCAUAGGUGUUUUCUUAUUUGAACUAUGCAUAGUUUGUUAGAGACAAAACUGCUACCAAUACCCUUUCAAUUGAGAACGUAUUUGCAACUUAUCUUGGUGGUCCCGCUAAGGAUUGACGUGACUGACGUGUCUGUAUGACUUUAAUUAACAUGAUUCGUUAAAUCGGCGUGACAUGAUGAUGAUCGGUUACCACAACCUUAAAAGAGGAAGAUAAAAUUCAACCAAGGACACAAUUGAACCACAGCAAAAAGAAAGCCAAAUUUUCCUUACGUAGUUAUGUCACAUGCGUUGGUCACUUAAUUCUCACAUAUCAAUGU